AUGCUGUCGGACGCACUAAAUCUCGAAUCAUCUCAAAAAAGCAUAAAGAAAAGAAACAAAUGUGUUUUGGUAAUGACCAAUGAUCAAAUCAAAUUGACACGGAGUGGAGGUGACGAGAAGGAAAAAGUGACAGAAAAACGAGCGGCGGUUCUAUUUUUGAAGGAAAAUUUCAGAGAUCUACAUUUUUUGAAGUGUUAG